UUGGCACCUAUGUAACAUUACAUCAAUUCUAAAUAUCAUAAAACAUUUUAAUCUCAAAGUAAUGUUUUUUUACUACAAGAACACAAUUUGAAAAACCUUUUGAUUGCAAUGUUGGAAUAUGUUCCACCGCGUGUUGAAACAAGCUUGAAUGCAUACAUCAUCUGCAUUGUUGAUUUGUGACCUGUACCAGGUAGGUAAGGUCACAAAUUCCUGCUCGUCACUAAUGUUUGGGACUCCGCUGGUCGCUCUCUAUUUAUGGGCGGGUCGCUGUGACGUCAGGGGCUGGCAGAAAACAGCAACUGACGGCGAGCACGGAGAGCAGGAAUCAAAACAAGAGACGGGAACGCCUUCUUUUGCAUAGGUUGCCUUUCUAGACUAGCAUUAUAACCACUGGUAGAGUGCAUGAAAAUAAGACUGUGGAUUUGCAUUAUCAUAGAGAAGACAAUCUCGCCACCACGUCUUAUAUUAGAAAGACGGCACCAACAGAAGCCUCCAUUUUAGACAGGUAGCCCAACAUGGAAUCAGCAGAAAUGUCAGUCGCUGACAGUCGUUGAGAGUGCCUGUAAAUACAUGGUGUCAGUGCUGUAAAAUGCCCAACCAGAAGAACAUCAAAGGGAAGAAAAGCAAACGCACCAACAGCAGCGGAGAUGAACAAGAAAAUGGAGCCAGUGCGACUGCAACAGGGGGGGCAGCCACAGCAGCUCUAGUGGGGGCGACUGCUGCACCUCGGAGCGGGCGCACAAGUGAAGCCCCAUGCGCCACCCCCCUGAUCUGCAGCCUGGCGCGCCCCAUCGACCUGGACAAGGAUGACUACCAGCGCGUGCUCUGCAACAGCGAGCUCUGCCCCUACGGCAACUGGAUGCACCUGCAGUGCUUCUACGAGUGGGAGAGCUCCAUCCUCAUCCAGUUCAACUGCAUCGGCCGCGCCCGCUCCUGGAACGAGAAGCAGUGCCGGCAGAACAUGUGGACCAAGAAGGGCUACGACCUGGCCUUCCGCUUCUGCUCCUGCCGCUGCGGCCAGGGACACCUGCGCAAGGACACGGACUGGUACCAGGUGAAGCGCACGCAGGACGACCGCAAGAAGAAGCCCACGGAGAGGAGCUCCAGCAGGGCCGGCCCCGGGGCACUGCUGGGGGCCUGCGGAGGGGCAGCGGGGGGGGGCGCCGCCGGCUGGGACGGCCUCGCCCUGGACGAGGUCAAGAAGAGCAAAGUGAGUCCGGGGGGAGGAGUUGGUGGUGGCAAGCUGAUACAGAGAGCCUCCAGCCAGGAGCUGCCUCGCAGGCAGUCCCUGGAGCGGCAGAACUCAUCCGAGAGAGGAGCCACGGGUGGGGGAGGAGGAGGAGGUGGGCUAGGGUACCCGGGGCACCACCAUAACCCGGGCGGGACGUUUCCCUUCGGGGCUCUGCAGAAGUCUCCCUGCGGCUCCCCGGGACAGUCCCCCACCGCCGGCUUCCCCUUCUUCUCCCCAGGCGGCUCCGCCGCCUCCCCCUUCGGGGCGGGUGUGGGAGGGGGAGGGCCGGCCACCCGAGGGUCCCGCCACCUCGGCGAGUUCUUCAAGUCGGCCGUGCUCAUGGAAAGGAAGCACCUUUUGUCCGGGGCCGGCGGGGGCGGGGUCUGUGGCGGGGGCGGGGGGGCAAUCAGCCGCAGCGGAGGGAUGGGGGCGUCCCACCUGGACGCCGGAGGCACCGUCCUCCCCCUGGCUUUCGCCUUGCCCCUCCCCCACCGCCUGGCCCACGACGCCGGUCACCCGCACCAUUCCCACCACCACCAACACCUCCACCUCAACCACCACCACCCGGUCCAGUUCCUCCGUAGGCUGGACCUCUCUGAGCUGUUUGCACACGUCCCGCGCCACAAGCUCAACACCUACCACGUCCGCAUGGAGGACGACACACAGGCGGGCCAGGGGGAGGAGCUGCGCAGGUUUAUACUGUCGGCCCUGAGCGCCAGCCAGCGCAACGUGGUCAACUGUGCCCUGUGCCACCGGGCCCUGCCUGUGUUUGAGCAGUUCCCCCUGGUGGACGGCACGCUCUUCCUGAGCCCCUCGCGCCACGACGAGAUCGAGUACGACGUCCCCUGCCACCUCCAAGGUAGACUGAUGCACCUGUACGCCAUCUGUGUGGACUGUCUGGAAGGCGUCCACAAGAUUGUCUGCAUCAAGUGCAAGUCACGGUGGGACGGCAGCUGGCACCAGCUGGGCACUAUGUACACGUACGACAUUUUGGCUGCAACCCCUUGUUGCCAGGCCCGUCUCAACUGCAAGCACUGUGGCAAGCCAGUGGUGGACGUGCGGGUGGGAAUGCAGUACUUCUCAGAAUACAGCAAUGUGCAACAGUGCCCCCACUGCGGAAACCUGGACUACCACUUUGUCAAACCCUUCUCCUCGUUCAAAGUACUCGAGGCCUAUUGACAAAUAUUGCACAUGCAUGCUAGUGAAGUCGCUUUUUCAUUAGCAAUCGUUGAAAACAGAAAUAUCGUUCCUUGGAAAAGGUCUUAACGGACCUUGCAGUGCCUAUGUUUCCUUUAUAUUUCUCCACUUUUUUUACGUAGAAAUAGAUAGUACGGCUUAAGUUGAAUGCGUUAAGACAGAGUCUUCACGCUUCCGAGGGAAAAGUACUGCUACACUCGAAGGGUUGUGAAACUAGUAUUUCAGUCAAACACAUUUAAAUGUGACAGUUGAAUGUAUCUGAAUGCCAAAAUUGUUUCCCUUUUCUUUUUUUACAAAACAUGAAAAAAUAAAUCUGGAAUAAAGAUGUAAAAUGUAGGCCUUAUUUAUUGCAUUGGCGACUUUACCUUGAAAUGCGUUAAUUAACCUUUGCAACUCAGUCUCAUUAAUUAACAAACCUCUUGGUAGAAACUGUCCAUUCUAACCCAAUUAUUUAUUUAUUUAUUCAUAAUUUAUUAUUAAUUUCAUCUUUGCAAUUUGAUUUUCCUUCUUCUGCAGAGCUCCGUCAGACCUCAAUCAGAAAAUAUACACAAAAGAAACCUGAACCAAGUACCACUGCUUAGCCAGACUUUCUAUUUAGGCAGGAUUCCACACAAGGAACUGGACAUUUACAUUUACACACAAAAAUACUCGAAGGGCGUCAUUUCGCCCGUCGUCUUUCCAGAUAGUUCCUUUAUCAGACUUUGGAACUAUUUAAGUGCAAUGAAUGAUCCCAUACAACUUUUAUCGCCAACCUUUCUUCCUCCACACAGCAUGGUGAUAAAACCAAACGUGUACCUCAAUGUACAUGACCCUCGUACAAUAAUUCACAAAGUAGCGUUAUAGUAGAGUGCUCUCAAAAUGACCGAAACGUUCAUAGACCUUCUCUCGGGCUACUGUUAUGCCUGGUACUUUGAUGCAUCAGCAGGGCCAGCAGGGCUAUCGGGAGGCGUUCCGGGCUCGCUGCACUGUGGUGUAGCGUCUGUUGGCGGCGGUGGUUGCGGUUUGCUUUUCUCCUUCUGAGGCGCCAGUUCCUUGGCGGAGGGCGGGCGGAGAAUGCACAUGGCCCUGCCGUCUCUGAUGACUUUGGGCUUGGCAACGAAGCCCACCGUCAUCGGCAUCUGCUGCACCAUGUCGUCCAGGGUCUGGUCCUGUGCAUUCAAAACGGGGGGGAAAUAAAGAUGUAAACCAUUGCAUUAUUUUUUUUGCAGCAUCUCACAUUUAUUUGCCUUAUUUUCCUUUGAGAACCAAUCCAGUGGUUCCAUAUUUCUAUACUCACCAGGGCGACUUUGGAUGCUGUGCGUUUGGCCCGCAGUGUGAUUCGCACGUGGUUCUUCUUUUCUAGCCAGCUCUGGACUUGUUUCAGCUUCGUCGAAAGGUCAUGCGAGGCGAUAUCCGAGGAAAAGGUGAGCUCCUUCACCUGAACAGCGGCUGGGCAAAGUGGACAGGAAGUUCAGAUUCCUUGAGUCUGAUUAUUAUCAGCAUAGCACUUUGAGGAACUCAGCGCGGAGUAGCCAAACACUAAAACAAGGUCACAAGGGAGACGGCACUAAAUCAUCAUUUGUGAUUAACUCCAACAAAUGGCAUGUAAAAACCAAUGUCAAUUGAUGAACCAAUUAGAAACAACAAAUAAAAAUCAAUGCUAAAUUGUGAACAACUUGGGAAGAGGGUACCAGAGGCUGUGUUUGGUUCGUUUUUAAAAGCCAACUGGUACUAUAUCCACAAUAAGGGCACACCAGAUAGAGAAAGUUAGUGAAGUAAUGAUGCAUGUUGGCUGCGUGUCAUGUCUGAUAAGGGUGCAGAAUUUUAUGAGUAUGCGAAAAACAGGAGAUUAUGAAAAAAGAAAUCCAAAGAAUCCAUUAUAAGGGUCUGUGGGUAAAAUGCAUUGGUGAAUGAAAUGCCCAUUGAGAAUAUCUGUUUUGAGUUGACGGCACCUGCCUCCUUAUGAGCCAAGUUUGAUUUUAGA